GAAACUGCAAAAACAAAACUAACUUCGUCGUCAUCAAUGUUGAUGAAAUGCUAAGGCGCGCUGUCGCAGCUCACACAAACGGUGAGCUAACUGACGUACGUUGAAGAUGAAGAGAGUCAGAGUUGGUGAUGAGGAUGAGGAAUGUCCUCAGCAGAAUGGUACUACCAGCCGGAGGAGAGGCGGUCAACAUCAGGCUAGUAACCGGGACCGAGAUGAGGGUGCCUUCGACCCCGGUAACCCGGAGGACGAUGACAACGACCCCGGACUCAGGAGAGAAAUCCGGAGCAAGUACAGAGACCUCAUCAACACAAUACAACAAAACAGAGAAGACAUGGUUUGUCUCUCCAACAACAAACUUACAGAAGUUUUAGAAGAGGCAAACAAACUGUUCAAAGAUGUCAAACAAGCAAGAGAAGCAGCAUUGGAUGCUCAGCUCCUCGUUGUGGCCACAGACCUUGGGAAGGAGAAGGCCAGCUUGCUGUUUUCUGAGGGCACUGCUUUUGAUCCCGCUGCUUACGCUCAGCACCUUUUGUCCUUCAUGGGUCUGAACCGACUUGAAGAUGAUGAUGAUCAGCAGAAUGGAGGAGCUGAUGGAUACCUUCCUCAAGAUGCUUGGCACAGACUGGCAAAGAGAGCAGAGUGCUGUUUCAGGACGGCGCCCUCCUUCCACUUCAUGAGGGGAUCAUUCCACGCAGAGCCGCCACCUCCGAGACCAAGGAUAGAAAGGCAGAGACGAGUACCGAGUAAAGAGGCUAAGAGGAUCAUGCCAACUCAACUGAAGAAAAUGGAAGACUCCCAACAGGAUGCCACCGUGAAAGAGGUGGAAAGGAUCCUGGGAUGGCUGAAGAGAUACCACGAAGAAGACCCUACAUCACCAAUGUUGUAUUAUGAGUUCGUCAUUGAUCCCAGCUCGUUUUCCCGCACGGUGGAGAACAUUUUUCACACGUCUUUUCUGAUCAGGGAUGGGCUGGCACGGAUGUAUCUGGAUGAUGACAAACUGCCAUGUAUUGCUCCUGUAGAAGAGAGUGAGGAGGCAGCUGAAGGCGCAGGCAGCCGUAAACAGGGCAUUGUCUCAAUCACCCCAAAGAUAUGGAAGGAGCUCAUUGAUGCCUUUGACAUCACAGGAGCGCUGAUACCAGUUCCACCUUCGGACACACAGAAUGAGUGAUUCGCCUGCUGCUUUGUAUUAACUUAACAAAAAGAUUGUUUUUAAAAGCAUCUCUUUUUUUAUCCUUCUGCCAAAUUGUUAGAUAAACUAAUCCUUAAUGUAGGUAAUACUAUAACUGUUACACCUGGAGAUUUACAUUUUAUUUUUCAUUGAUUUUAGAAGUUUAGAUAAUAAAAGAGGGAAAUGAAA